GUAUUUCGGCGGGAAUUGGAAUUUUGUGAUGAUAAAUUCAAACGUUUGUUUAGUUUUAAACCUCGUUAAUUAUAUAGACUAUUAUAGUGUGUAUAGAUACAUCUAUACAGAACCAUUGUAAUUUGUUAACGUUCUUAUGUAAUGCUAUAGUUUUUUUAUGUGGGAAAAUAACUUAGCAAUGUAAACUUGUAAGUUAUAUACAAAUAUGAAUUUUAUGUUUCGUUGGCAGUGUUGUUAUUUUUUCAUAAAGUACAUCAAAAAGCUUUUAAUGAAAAUAGAUUAGGCUAGUUGGACCAAGCCAGAGGUAAGAUGGUGAAAGAAUUUGUAGAAGGCUGGGACUUGAUUCAGACACUUGGUGAAGGGGCAUAUGGCGAAGUUAAGCUACUGGUAAAUCGAACAACCCAGGAGGCAGUAGCUGUCAAGGUUCUGAAUCUUGAAGAUAGAAAAGAAGCUGCUGAAAACAUCAAAAAAGAAAUUUUUAUUCAUCGAUUGUUGAAUCAUGAAAACAUCAUCAAAUUCUUUGGACAUCGAAAUGAAGGAUCUCGUCAGUAUAUCUUUCUUGAAUAUGCUUCAGGAGGUGAGCUGUUUGAUCGAAUAGAGCCAGAUAUAGGCAUGUCUCAAUCUGAAGCACAAAGAUAUUUUACUCAACUAAUAUCUGGAGUGGAAUACCUUCACAGUAAAGGUGUGACUCAUCGAGACUUGAAGCCAGAGAAUCUGCUUCUAGAUGCACAAGAUACUCUGAAGAUUACUGACUUUGGGAUGGCAACAGUGUUUCGUUACCAAGGGAAAGAACGACCACUAACGAAACGAUGUGGUACAUUACCUUACAUAGCACCAGAAGUUUUGAUUCGAGAAUACAAUGCAGAACCAGCAGACGUCUGGAGUUGUGGUGUAAUUUUGGUUGCACUGCUUGCAGGAGAGCUUCCUUGGGAUAAACCUCACUAUGACUGCAGAGAGUACAGAGAUUGGAAAGAAUGUAAAAUCAUGCAAUCUCCAUGGAGAAAAAUUGAUAACUUAGCACUGUCUCUUUUGAGAAAAGUUUUAAUGGGUAGUCCCUCUAAACGCUACACCAUCAGUCAAAUCAAGAGUCACCAGUGGUUCAACAAGAAUUUCAAAUCCAAAGCUGUUCGUAGAUGGUGUUCUCUUAAUAAUGAUUCAGUGCCUCGAAAACGGAUUUGCUCAGAAAAUGACUAUCCUGCAGCUUUAGGGAGCCAUAGGGACGUAGGUGUUACUCGUUUUUCUAGCUCCCAACCUGAUCCUAGUAUUGAUGAUAGUGCUCAGACAGGAGAUAAUGAGACAUCCAUCAUGAACAAAGUAUCAUAUGGUAUUAGUUUCUCACAACCUGCCCAUCCAGAACAUAUGUUACUUAGCAGUCAGAUACAGACUACUCCAGGUUCCUCUCUGACUCCUAUGCAGAGACUUGUGAAAAGAAUGACAAGGUUCUUUGUCAAGACCAAUUCAGAAGCAACUUUGAAAGAACUUUGGGCUGUUUUUGAAAAGUUAGGAUACAGUUGGAAAAGGAAUUCUGGCCAGGUUUCUAAAAUAACAAUAACAACCCAGGAUCGAAGGAAAAUGCAGCUUGUCUUCAAGGCCAAUCUGAUUGAGAUGACAGAUAUACUUGUAGAUUUCAGGCUAUCACGGGGUGAUGGGCUGGAGUUUAAGCGGCAUUUCUUGGAUAUUAGAAAUCGACUUCAUGACAUUAUUGUUAAAGGUCCUGUAACUUGGCCCCUGGCAAUUGCUACAAACACCCUACCUUAAACACCAAUUUAACCUAAAACUAACAGGAAAAUUAUAGUUCUGUCUCAAAAAUUCUUGUAUUUAUGGCUCCACUUUUGUUUCUAUAAGUAUUAGUUACCUUGAACACUGUUAUUUAGCCACAAUUCUUAGUUUAUUAUAUUAAUUUUUUUAAGUCAUUAGAACUUUUGAAUAACUUGAAAUCUGGAAUAUGUACCAGAAAUUGUCAAAUGCUUCUGAGUUCACCAGAAUGUGACUAGAUCCUUAUAAGGUCUAUAAUUUUGAAAGGAAUAGUCAAAUAGACUAGGAAUAAUAGGUUGCAUUAUGAUGGCUUUAAAUACUACAAGGUCUUCAUGUACUGUAAAUUGUAGAACGAUAUCUGUUUGUUUUUACAUCUAAUUCAUAGAAGUUUGUUCUGGAUGGACAAAUAUUGUUACAGAACAAAUUUUUUGUACAGUCAUUAUGUUUUGUUUAAUAGCUUUCGGAUUAUGUGAUAUUGAGUUUUUAAGUGUUAAAGAAAUACAAUGAAUUUAUCAGUGUUUUAAUAGUUAAAAUUUUGUUAUGUGAGAUUCACAAUAAAAAUUCAUUCAUUAAAGUAAAGUUUCUCUCCUUGUGAAAAAUAACUGGUUUUGGCUUUAGACUUUCAGAACGUGCUUGAAGAUAUAAAGUUUCAGUUUGAAAGUGCAUUGUUUUUUCCAAUUAUUUACAUUUCAGUCAUGUGCCUUCUUUUUAAUUUAUUCAGCCUAUAGUAAUUGAAGAGAGAACUUGUUUUAUAGAAAUUGAAAGCUUAGUUUUUGAACAAAGAAACGUCUUCAACAACAAAUACAGAAGUAAUCUAUAAAAUAUUCCAGUCCUGUAAGUUUUGCAUAUGCAAUUGUGGUAUUCUCUGGUAAAAUGGAUUCCCUUAAGAACAACAUGAUGGGUUUGCAGGAUAACAGGAAAAUCGACAAGACAUAUAUUACAGAGUAAUUCUGAAUUCUCUCAGAAUGAGUAUUUGUGAGAAAUUAAGACAUUGAACGUAAAUGUAAAAAAAGUACAAUAGGUAAUCUUUUUGAAACAAACACAAUAUGUGUAUUCAAUUUAACACAAAAGAUGAUUGCCUUUACUGGAUCUAGAUUGCUUAUUCUCCUUCUAGACUGUUCAGUUUGAAAUCUUAUUCCAGUUUAUGAAAACAACACAUUACAUAAAGCAGUAACAGCAAGCUUUCCCACAGUGACCUGCACCAUCCACAUGACUUGUCAUUCCUAUUAGGAAGUAAUGGAGAUUGUAACCUUGAGAUAUUACCAGACCUACCAUUGGAGAAAACUACUGUCCACCUUUUUACACAAAGUGCAGUUUUACGGCUAAUUUCUCCAUGGAUAGACUAGUUGUUAUCUCAGG